CCGCUACAUUGAGCACUGAGGGCAACACUUCCCGAUGUAGAUAUGUCUGAUAUUAAUCCCGGUAGCAGCUACCAUUUUGUAUCGGAAAAGAGCUUGUUUCAUGCAACCUCAUCUAAGAGCUCCUUUUGGGGGGAAUCUUUGACCAUUUUGGGUAAUCCGAUAUCAGUUUACCUCAGGAACGCGCUCUCCCCUGACUCCAGUGGUAUAAUGUUCGUUGGUACUUGCUCUCUUAUCAAAAUUUCCCCAUGUGCUGAAAUUAAGGCUUGCGUUGGCCUUUCUAAAUAGGAUAACACGGGGAGGGGGACAGUGAU